GGGACGCUGCCCACACGGCGGCACCGACACCGCGGGGAGGUACCGGGGCGGCCCUGAGGGCGCGCGGCCCGCAGCGGGAGGGCCGAGCCUUUCCUUCCGCGGGACGGUUUUAGGCCAUCGCUGCCCGUGUGAGGCGGGUUCCUCCUCCUCAGUGCUCCGCUCUGGGCUCCGCUCUGGGCUCCGCUGUGCUGCCGCUCAUCGAGCCUUUCCUCCGGGCUGUGGCGUUUGCUGCGGGUGGAUCUUCACAGAGACUCCUAGAGGCUUCGAAGAACUCAUUUUAGACAAAAUAAAUAAGUUUUUCUGAUAAAGUAAAAUGGAUCCUUGUUCAGUUGGAGUUCAGCUUCAAGCUACCAAUGAAUGCCAUAAGACCUAUUACACCCGUCACACUGGCUUCAAGACUAAACAAGAAAUAUCUUCAUCUGACCUCCUGCUGCUUCAGCUUAGGACUGGAAUAACCCUGUCAGAGAACAAUACUAUCUGCUUCCACCAUGCAAAAAUUUACAUUGAAAGAUUUGAAGACUUACAAAAAUCCUGUUGUGAUCCCUUCAACAUACACAGAAAACUAUCAAAGAAAAGCUUGCGAGCAAUUGACUUAGAUGAUGCAGCUUUUCUAAGUGCCAAGUUUGGAAGACAGUUUGUUCCUGGUUGGAAGCUUUGUCCCAAAUGUAUGCAGAUAAUAAAUGGAAGUGUGGAUGUGGACCCUGAGGAGCGACAAAGAAGAAAACUGGAUCCAGAUGGGCGUACAGCUAAGGCUUUAAAGUCUCUGCAGUUUGCUAACCCAGGGCGACAGACUGAAUUCACUCCAGAGACCAGUAAGAGGGAGAAAAGAAGGCUGCAAACAAAAAUCGCAGCGUUCAAUUCGGACAGGCAAGUUAUACCAGCCAAGAGCAAAGUGUACGACAGCCAGGGCCUGCUGCUGUACAGCGGGAUGGACCUGUGUGACUGCCUGGAUGAAGAUUGCCUGGGCUGUUUCUACGCCUGCCCCAAGUGCGGCUCCAACAAGUGUGGCACAGAAUGUCGCUGUGACCGCAAAUGGCUCUACGAGCAGAUCGAGAUCGAGGGAGGAGAGAUCAUUAGAAAUAAGCACGUUGGGUAGUGCAGGUGUACAUUACUUAUUCCUGACUGUAUGAUCCAUGCUUUGAUUAAAGACAGCACAUUCAGCAUUUAGUAAUUUAAUGGAAGCUAUUGGAAUUUGUCGUGAUCCGUGUGAUGAAUGUGCUCACUUUCGCAAUCAUUUUCAGUGUGAUUAAGGACUUAGCCAUACUGCUGUCUUUUCACACUCGAGUCUGCGUUGUACUCAGGCUUCUUCGUCAUCCGGGUAAGAUCUCACUGAACAACUGUAUUCAAGUACAGGGUGCUGAAUUCUAAUGUGAUCUCUCCUGAAUCACUCACUAUUCUUUCAUACAUUGUUUUAUAGAGUGUACCAUCUCCAUGUAUCCCUCAUUUCUCCUUUUCAAAUUCAGGAUCUCGUGGGUGAAAUGCUGUGGAAGUUCUCAAUUAAUUUACAUGCAGUAUUAAUAAAGCUCUCUUUCUAGUAUUAAUAGUGAACGCUGUAUCUUCUAUGGCGUAUUGAAGCUCCAUCUGAUAAAUCCAAUCCUGUUCACUUAAAAAGGAGUCAAAAGCAUUUAGGUGUUCAGAUCUCAUCCCACUUACUGGGAUUUGAGAUCAAGUUAUCCUUAUGAAUCCAUAAGGAUAUUAAUUCAUAUUCAUUAAAUACUAAUUAAUAUUAAAAUACUGAAAUUAAUCUGUCACGGCAUUGUGUUAAAGUAUUACUCAUUACUUUGUUGGUUUCUGUAGAGCAAAAUUAAAAUAAUUUUGCUCCCUUAUCAGUCUGUAAUUGGACUGAACCAGUACUUCAACAGCCCUCUCCUCAUUUUUUUCUCUUUUUACUGAUUUUAAAGGUUUAUAUGCAGCUGAAAUAAACUUGAGUGUCUGUUUUCAAAGAAAGGUUAUGUAGACUGUUACCAUUAUCUGUCCUCAUUAUAACAAGGCUUAUUGAAAAGAUGUUAUAAAUGAAGUCUUAGUAACAUUUUUAUUCUUUGUAUUUUUGUUGUGUUUUGUAAAAAUUUCCUAGUCUUUGAUGACUUGGAAGAUCUACAUGUUUGUUGGGUCACAUUUUUUCAAUAAUAUUGUUAACUUCUUUCAGACUUACUUGAUAAAAUUGUAUAAUCUUGCUAUGUGCUCAGCAGAUUUUUUUCUGUUCUAGUAAGCGUCAUGAAUGUUGCAUUGACAAGAUCCAGAGUUGUGCUUUGAGUUAUGCUGACAUCUGCUGGUCUCACUGGAGUAUAAGCACUGAGAUGCUACAUUUUUAUUAAAUCUGUUACAAAAAUAAUGAGACUCCCUUUUUUUGGUCAGAGCGUUGGCAGUUGUUGCAGUGGCUGUCUUAACUGUUUCAUCUCUUAAUGAAUUGGGUGAAAAUAUAAACAGGUAACUUCCAGGAGAGGGAGAGGGGAAAAGCUGGUUUAUUGUUUUGUUUUGUUUUUUUUAAUUAGCCCAGAGUUAGCAGUACCCAUUGUUAAUAUGCUUAGCAGGCUUAUUUACAGAUGCACUGGCAGGUGACUGCUUUCCCAAAUUAAACACUUGUUUCCUAACAGAA